AUUGGUUUCACAUGCAAACUGUCAGGAGAGCAGAGAAGCGAGCUGAUGGCAGCCAUACAAACGUCCCAGCAACACUGAAUGUCAGUCUUGCAUACAAAUGGAGGACAGGACUGUCAUGAGAUAAUUGGAGCUGCAGCCUCCAAGUUGCCGAAGACUCUUGAGAAACCCAACAGUCAUAUGAGAUGUUAAUUUGCUGAAUGAAGAAUGAGAAACUUGAAUAACAGCAUCAUUGCAGAGGACUGACCAGAACCAUUGUUUCUCACAUAACCUUUUGGGUUUGAGCGCCCCUCAUUCAGUCUCAUUCUGUCCCCGCACACCUUCAUCCACCGGCUCUGCUGUCCAGCCAAGGCAGAGUGGACCCAUCCCUCUCCCCAGGCCUUGCGCCCUCCCAUCGGCGGCCCGCUCUGGCGGUGUGUUGGUGUACGAUGGCGCGGUGGGACGCUGAAGGCCGCUGCGGGGGACUGUGAUGUCAGAGCCCAACAGCCCGGGCGAGAGCCGGCGUGGCGCUCCCAGAUUCUUCGUGGGCUGCGAGGACGAUGAGAGCGAGGUCCUGGAUGAUAGCAUGAGGACAGACAUGGAGCUGUAUGAGGACGACGAAGACACAGACUCGCCCCCGGAGCGACAGAUCAUGGUGGGGAUCUGCUGCAUGAUGAAGAAGUCCAAGUCUAAGCCAAUGACCCAGAUUCUGGAGAGGCUGUGCAAGUUUGAGUACAUCACUGUGGUCAUCUUCCCAGAGGACGCCAUCCUCAACGAGCCGGUGGACAAGUGGCCUCUGUGUGACUGCCUCAUCUCCUUCCACUCCAAGGGAUUCCCGCUGGAUAAGGCAGUGAGCUAUGCCAAACUGAGAAACCCUCUGCUCCUCAAUGACCUGAACAUGCAGUACUACAUACAGGACAGGAGAGAGGUGUAUCGCAUCCUGCAGGAGGAAGGGAUUGAUCUGCCGCGCUACGCUGUGCUGAACCGUGACCCGGAUAAACCAGAUGAGUGCAACCUGGUGGAAGGAGAGGACCAUGUGGAGGUGAAUGGAGAGAUUUUCCAGAAGCCUUUUGUUGAGAAGCCUGUCUGCGCUGAGGACCACAACGUCUACAUCUACUACCCAACCUCUGCUGGCGGUGGCAGCCAACGACUCUUCAGAAAGAUCGGGAGCCGGAGCAGUGUGUACUCACCGGAGAGCAGCGUGAGGAAGACGGGCUCUUACAUCUAUGAAGAGUUCAUGCCAACAGAUGGCACAGAUGUUAAGGUGUACACUGUGGGGCCUGACUAUGCUCACGCUGAAGCCCGGAAGUCCCCGGCUCUGGAUGGGAAGGUGGAGAGAGACAGCGAGGGGAAGGAGGUCCGCUACCCCGUCAUGCUCUCAGCUAUGGAGAAACUGGUGGCCCGUAAAGUCUGCCUGGCAUUCAAGCAAACUGUGUGUGGCUUCGAUCUUCUCCGAGCCAAUGGACACUCUUAUGUGUGUGAUGUCAACGGGUUCAGUUUUGUGAAGAACUCAAUGAAGUAUUAUGACGACUGUGCCAAGAUCCUCGGGAACAUCGUGAUGCGUGAGCUGGCGCCUCAGUUCCAGAUUCCCUGGUCCAUCCCUACGGAGGCAGAAGACAUCCCCAUUGUUCCCACUACGUCAGGGACCAUGAUGGAGCUUCGCUGCGUCAUCGCUGUCAUCCGACAUGGAGACCGAACGCCCAAACAGAAGAUGAAGAUGGAAGUUCGCAACCCAAUGUUCUUUGACCUAUUUGAAAAAUAUGGAGGAUACAAAACUGGGAAAUUAAAGCUGAAGAAGCCAAAACAACUGCAGGAGGUGCUGGACAUCACACGGCAGUUGUUGGCAGAACUGGGACAGCACAAUGACUGCGAGAUAGAAGAGAAGAAGUCCAAACUGGAGCAGCUGAAGACUGUUCUGGAAAUGUACGGACACUUCUCAGGGAUCAACCGAAAAGUUCAACUAACUUACCUGCCCCAUGGGCAGCCCAAAACCUCCAGUGAGGAAGAAGACACACGUAAGGAAGGUCCAUCUCUGCUGCUGGUGCUGAAGUGGGGAGGAGAGCUGACUCCCGCUGGCAGAGUUCAGGCUGAGGAGCUGGGGAGGGCCUUCCGCUGUAUGUACCCCGGAGGUCAAGGAGACUAUGCUGGAUUUCCAGGCUGCGGGUUACUGCGGUUACACAGUACCUACAGACACGACCUGAAAAUUUAUGCUUCUGAUGAAGGCAGGGUGCAGAUGACGGCUGCAGCUUUCGCAAAGGGUUUGCUGGCACUGGAGGGCGAGCUGACACCGAUCCUGGUUCAGAUGGUGAAGAGCGCCAACAUGAACGGGCUGCUGGACAACGACAGCGACUCGCUGAGCAGCUGCCAGCACCGCGUCAAGGCCCGACUCCACGAGAUUCUGCAGAAGGACAGGGACUUCACUGAAGAGGACUUCGAUAGGCUGGCCCCGACCUGUAGCGUGUCUUUGGUGAAUACAAUGAAGAUAGUGGAGAACCCAGUGGCCACAUGUGACCAGGUCUACGCCCUCAUUCAGAGCCUCACCUCCCAGAUCCGCAAAAGGAUGGAGGACCCCAAGUCAGCUGACCUGCAGCUGUACCACAGUGAGACACUGGAGCUGAUGCUGCAGCGCUGGUCCAAACUCGAGAGAGACUUCCGCAUGAAGAACGGCCGUUACGACAUCAGUAAAAUUCCCGACAUCUACGACUGUGUGAAGUACGACGUCAUUCACAACGCCACUCUGGGUCUGGAGGACACACUGGAGCUGUUCAGACUGUCUCGAGCUUUGGCCGACAUUGUCAUCCCACAGGAAUAUGGCAUAAAUAAAGUGGAGAAAUUGGACAUAGCAUACGCCCACUGCCUCCCACUCGUCAGAAAGAUUCAGCUUGACCUUCAGAGAACCCACGAGGACGAGUCUGUCAACAAACUGCACCCUCUGUACUCUCGUGGAGUGAUGUCUCCUGGGCGCCACGUCAGAACACGUUUAUACUUCACCAGCGAGAGUCACGUCCACUCCCUGCUCAGCAUUUUCCGCUAUGGAGGCCUGCUCAAUGAGGAGAAGGAUCAGCAGUGGAAGCGUGCCAUGGAUUACCUCAGUGCGGUCUCUGAACUCAACUACAUGACUCAGAUUGUCAUCAUGCUGUAUGAGGACAACAACAAGGACCUCACCUCAGAGGAGCGCUUCCACGUAGAGCUUCACUUCAGUCCCGGUGUGAAAGGCGUCGAAGAGGAGGAGAACGCACCAACCGGCUUCGGCUUCAGGCCCGCUUCUGCAGAGGUAGCACGCCAGAACGGGCAGAAACAGACCGACCCCGGCAGCCUGGAGGACCUCUCACGAGAUGAGACCGACCGCGCCGUGCCGCUGUCCGAGCCAAUCACCAUUCAGAGGAGGUCCCCGCUCAUACGCAACCAUAAGACUGGAUCCAUGGAGGUUCUGUCAGAGACAUCAUCCUCUAAAGUAGGCAGUUAUCGCCUAUUCUCGUUAUGCUCACGUCAAUCCCCCGAGAUGAAACAAAGUGGAUUAGGCUCUCAGUGCGCCGGGCUCUUCAGCACCACUGUCCUAGGUGGGUCCUCUAGCGCCCCUAACCUGCAGGACUACGCACGCGCACAUCGCAAAAAAUUCUCCACCGGCAGUCUGUCCUACAAAGACGAGUUGUUGUCUAUGCCGGCAGUAAAACGAUUUUCUGUGUCGUUUGCAAAGUUUCCGACUAAUGGAACACAAGAUGACACAUCCACCAUAGCAGUAGCUCCACCUCUCUGGUGCACUGCAAAAGAGCCCCUGGAGGAGCACCGUGUGGCCCAGUUGUUGAGGCAUUUCUCCACCGACCUUAGCCUGGGCCGCCACCUCUCUCUGGACGGGGCCCUGGCCCACCACCUCCACCAGUGCUCCUACCACCUCCGCCUCUUCCGAAACUGGCUCAUCUCCGGCCAAGACCCCCUAGAGUACCUCCACGGCUUUGAAGGCUGCUCCAUGGUGCCGUCCAUCUAUCCCCUGGAAACGCUGCACAACUCGCUGUCGCUAAAGCAGGUCAACGAGUUCCUCACCGGUGUGGUCGAGAGUGCGGGGGAUCCACACACGAGGACCACCAGAGCGCUGACAGCCAUGUUUGAUGCACACAACCAGCCGUCAGUGGACUCGUACAUCCCUCAGAGAGUCCUCUCUUCCUCCAUCUCUCUCAGAUCUCGUUCUGACAGACCUCCUUGGUACAGCAGCGGUCCAUCCAGCACAGUAUCCAGCGCUGGACCGUCCUCUCCCAUUACAGCCGACACUUCCCCGCGCUUCAGCUUCAGUGAUAAGAUGGCCCUCACCCCUCAGAGCAGUGAGGAAACUCACUCCUCUCAGAACAUUUCCUCUCAGGCAGCACCCACCGCCGGGUCACAAGACCCGAGCUGCCCUGCUGGUUUGAACCCCGCUGAAGUCCCUCUGACUCCAAACAACUCACCAGAGGAGGAUGCAGAGCUCUGUGCUGUUACUGAUCACCAGCCUGAUGAUCCUGAACACACACAGGAAUGGCAGGAGUUCUCAACUGCACCCGUCGAUCCCUUCAGUGUUGCAAUUUCAGAUCCGGGCCUGAGACCACCCUGCUCUGCGUUAGCGGAGCUCACUCUGGCUCGGAUGGAGGGUUACUGCCUCCCGGGGUCCCUGCCUGUGCUGCUGGAGCUCAGAGAGAGCAGCAGCGAGGCGGGCUCCAGCUCCCAGACGCCCCAGUCUCCUGAGGGACCUGAUGAGUUCUUUGACACCCAGGAGUCGAUGGAGCUGUGGAUGGACAGUCCAGAAAGCCUCCCCCACCCUGAGACACCCCUGGAGGUCGGAGCCACUCACACAGCGGAGCCGUAGAGCGCUGACGGAACAACACAGCCGUCAGAAACUGCUGUAGUUACAUUUGUUACUUCACAAUCCAUGUUCUUAAUCAUGAGCAGUGAAGCAUCGUACUGUGUUACAGCCGACCGGAGCUCCCAUCUCCUCUAGUUAAUGACUACUGUGUGUUGAGUGAUAAUGAAUGGGCAGCUGAUCCUCACAUGAGGCUCUGUGUCGGAGAGUCAUAUGACAGUGCCAUACGUGCUGUUCAUGCCUAUCAGAAAGCACACUGGGGACACACCGGUGACACCUCCUGUGACAGUCCACUGGUCCAGUUCAGCUGUUUGUAAACAUCGAGCCACUUGGUGUCAGGUGAAGCUUUGUUACGGUCGCUUAUAUGCUGUUGCACAAACCCUUUUUCCUUAAAGCUGCAUUAAUCAACGUUUGGCCACUUAAAGCCCCAACACGCUGUCCUCUAGUAAAACUGUUACAGCUCAGGUGUGAGCAACCAGUUGUCCUGUUACACAUCCAGCAGACACAGAACAAAAGCUCAUGUUUGUGUCCAUAUGAUCAAUUUAAGUCAAAUAUUCUUUCUGCUUUUAGCUCUUUUAGGUUUGUACAGAAGCCCGGAGAGGCAAGUUCACCUGCCAAAACUUUUUUUUUCACCUGUUUUCACACAAAAAACUCUUCUUCUUCCUAUUCUCUCCCUAAAUCAUAAACACAGGAGAGAAAAUAUUAUAUAGAUCAGACCUAGAAAGUGCGUCACCAGAAUUGAUUUCAUUCUUUUUUUUAUCACUUGCCUCUCAGGGAUUCUGUAGUUUGCUCUGCACCAACUCUGAGUCGCUAACAUUGCCUGUCUGCUGUUUUGUGUUGGACAGGUUGUGAGUUAUCAGUCUUUAAUGAGUCUUGAGUCUUAAUCAGAUAGAAAAUGUGUCGUAAAAAUAAAACAGUGAGCUAAAAGUGGCCAAAAGAGACACAUGUAUAUGUAUUCAGUUCCUCAUGGCUGUAAAGAUAUUGAUUAAUGGAGCUUUAAAUUGUGUGAAAUCUGUCUUUUGUCCGUCUUAUCUUCAGCCUUUACCCUCAGAGAGCUGCAGUUUUGUCAUUACCAGCUUUACUAACACCCAUCACAAUCCGUUGACGGUUAUCAGGGCACGUAUCGUGGCAACCAAGUUUCCUUUGUUAGUUACAGGAUACGGUCACUUAUAGACUCACUACUACUACUGCACAGGAAAUGACUAGAGAAAAUACAAUCCGCGGCUCUUCUGCUCUUGGUCCUGUGCUGAGCUUCUGUGGCGCUACAUGUUUAGAACCUGUGAUUCUAAAAUCAAAGGCUGAAUCUUCAUUACUGCCAGUAAAAUGUAAUAAGUGUUCAAUCUGCAGGUCAAACUGUGCAUGCACUGCUUACUGCCAAAGUCCUUAAGCCUCAUCGAAGAUUUAAUAUAAUCGGUAGGAACUAAUAGAGAAAAAUAUUUAUUUUGAAAUGGCAUCUUAAAAAAAUAAAAAUAAAUAAUGGUAUUUUUGAUACCCACAUCAGAUAUUUAAUUGUACCAUAGCUAUUGUAUAUUUUUUUGUAAAAUCACCUCAUGAUGUGGGACAAUCUGAAAGCUAAUCUCUAAUUUUAUCACUGAACAAACAGGACGAGCAUUUUACAUUUAAUGUGCUUUUAUUGUGGCGAGCAGUUAUGUAGCAGGUGUGUAUGUGUUUGUGGGGGGAGGGAGGGGGCAGACACACGCUGGAGAAGCAGUUCAGGUAGACGCUGAUGUGCAAUUCUGUCUGUUCCGCGGGAUUUCAUGUUACACUGCAAUGUUCUGUAGAGGUGAAAAACAACUGAGUUAUAAACUCUGAGCUGACAUCCUGUUUCUGUGUGCAGAUUAUCACUCUGUUUGGCUUUUGUGCUGCAGGUGCUGUUUGCUUUAAGGGUCCGUUUACUCAAAUUACAAAAAAAAUGUUGGUUUCUAACCAUGCAGAUAGUCUGGGUUUAAUUUAACUGGCUCUGACAUUUCUGAAACUGUGGUGCUCAAAAUAUCUAAAUUUAAUCUUGAAAAUAAGCAGCAAUGUGUCCCCAUCACUCUGGAUAUUUCAAAUCUUACUGUACUCUAUCCUUAAACAUCAACUUCAAGACCAGUAAGUGCACUGCUAUCUAAGGUUUCAUCAAUUCAAUUAAUUCGAUUUUCAUAUAAAAAAAACCUAGAAAUGUUAGAUUUUUUUUUUUAAACGUAUCACAAAGUUUUUAUUGUUUUGCUGAGAUGAAAAAGCCUGUUCACAGAUAAAAAUGUCUUGCUUUUGCUUUGGAAACACAAAAAAAUAUUGAUAUGAAUCAUGUGACUUAGACUAAAAUUGUGAGAGAAAAACAUCAGAUCUAUGUGGAACAAUUAGGAGACUCAUUUUCCUUAAAGUCAUCAUUGAAACAAACAAAUGUUGCAUUUGCAUCAUUUGAGGUUUGACUGGGACGCCUCAUUGUGUUGUAUCCUCUUCGUCUGCAAUGAUUCUGCAUUUUGUUUUGCAGAUUUUCUGAAAAUUUGUGCCACAUUUGGAUAAAACUUGAUCCGUGUUUUAAUCCCACUCUGGUUGAAAGUUUCAUGUCUGUUUCGUUGGAUGUACUGCUUUCGUCAAUGGGCCAUAGGCUCAAUCAACAUCAAGAUUAUUACUUUAAGACUUUGCAGAUAUUAUUGGACUGAAUUAAUCAGAAUUUGAUCAUACAACAUGUCGUUUCGGGGUGUUUGUGACACUCCAGAACAAAUUUCCUCAUUUUACAGCUGUUCUAUUUGUACUAAUUUUUACUGUGGACCAAGUCUUUAGGCUUUUAUUUUGAAGCUGCAACCGCCACAAACCAAAUUCUGUUCACUUCUGAUGCAUCAGAAUGGAGGCAGAACUCUCAGAUGUCUCGAUACCUGAACAAAUAAAAUACAAACUAUCUCCAUGGGUAGAUUUGACUAGAGGUCAAAAAUAGGAUUUGUGAUUUGGGUGAACUGAUCCUUAAAAACCUGCUCAGAAAUCCACCGUUGAGUCUUUGAGGAUGAAUCUGUUGGACUGUUCAGUAAUCCAAUAAAGGAUCUUCCUGCUGAGCGCUUGGUGAACCUGCUGGAUAAAAGCUUCUGUUUAGAUGCACAAUGUGUGUUUUUUUCAUCCAAACUGUGCUCACACAAACAUUUUCUGUCUGUUGUUACCUGUUUUUGUGAAGAUCUAUAAUUUGUUUUUUAGAAAAGAUACACAAUAUUCUGUAAUUCUUCCAACAAUGUUACAAAACACAGUUACUGUACUCACUGUUAGUGGGUCCGCUUUGCUGUUUGAUAUCAUGGUUUCUGUCCUCUAAAUAAACUAAUAAAAUAAAAUAAUCAUGUUUAAGAACAUUUGUAGAAAAGCUGAAGGUUUGAGGUAAAGUUUUGUAUUUAAUCAUUUUAUGUUUAAAAUAUCUGAAAAGAUGUCUGUAGAAUUCUGUUAGGGUUUCUUUUGUUUUGCUUUGAAAUGAUGAUAAAGGAUUUCUGACUUUAUAAAUGAAAAUGAACCAA